AUGCCAUCUCACGUCAGGACCCAGCUCGCACUAGCCCUAAGAAGAGGAAGACAAAGCGCAAAGCCGCGGAUUCUGAUGGGCAAGAUGUGUCAACCAAGAAAUCGCGGGCUGAGGCUGAAGCACCCAUCGUCGUCGCAGCAGCCUACUCAACGUUCUGGACGUCCUGGUGCUGGAACAGGAGGUAGAGUUAGUCAACUCGAGAUCAUUGGAGCACUCUUGGGUGCCCCAGCACGUACCAGCCAGCCCAAAGGCUCCACCUCCCUCGACUCUAGUAUCCCUACCAAUCCGCUUGCUCCAGAACCCGCCUCGCAAGAGAGGCCGGAUGAAGUGCCUCUGGCAAGCCGAUGGAUUCUGCGCCUUCGAGACCACAGGGGGAAAAAGCUACAGUGGCGAAGAAAACCUGCUCCCGUUGCCUCAACUGUCGAGUCCAUGGAUUCUGCGCCUUCGAAACCACGGGGAAAAAAAGCUACAUUGACGAAGAAAACUACUCCCGUUGCCUCGACUGUCGAGCCCCCAAACCUCCAACCCAGUUUCGUACAUCGUGAAGCGGGUGCACGCUUUGGUUUUUCUCAGUUAAUCGUUCCCCCUGGUACAGAGCCUGACCUGCAGGCACUCAACAACCCUUUUGUGGCUGCAGCCAGGGAGAAAGCAGGCUCUUUCAGCAGAACCUGGAUCCUACCCUUCGGCCAGUCAACAACGGACCGCAAGAUUCAGGAGCUGAAAGCACGGAGACAUCUAGUGAGGGUGGCGAUGGAAAUACUGACGACGACGACAACGACAACGACAACGACAACGACGACAACGACGACGACAACGACAACGACGACAACGACGACAACGACGACGACGACGACGACGACGACGACGACGGACAACGACGACGACGACGACGACGACGACGACGACGACGACGACAACGACGACGACGACGACGACGACGACGACGACGACGACGACGACGACGACGACGACGACGACGACGACGACGACGACGACGACGACGACGACGACGACGACGACGACGACGACGACGACGACGACGACGACGACGACGACGACGACGACGACGACGACGACGACGAAGAUCACACGGACAAUGAAGUUGGCUGGGGAGCAGCGCAGGGGCGUGUGACUGAACAUCCUGAUGAUAUCUCCAGUACUGAUGAUACCACGACCAAGCCGGCUGAACCUAAGCCAGAUGAUGUCUUACAGCGCCACCACCAGAAAAAUGGACGCCCUCGACUUCCUGAUCCACAAGUUCUUGACCUCCUACGUCACGCCGAGACAAAGUCUUCCAAGUCAAAGGACACAAACGUCAAGACUACAUCAGCAAAAGUGAAGGAAUCAGGUGAUGGGCCUAGAGCCACUCAACUAGGCUGGUAUGGUCCACGAUGGAAAAACUUCCUUGAGGUUACAAAGAGCGAGUGCCGCGCCCAACACGCGAUAGAGAACCCAUUCCCCAAACUAGCGAAAGAUUUGACAGGUUCCAUCAACGAGAUACUCAUGGCUUCGCUCGUCGAAUGGCUCGAGGGUGGUCAACAAGUCGAAGAGGGUAUUUGGCCUGAUCGCAAGCAUGAUAUGGCAAAACUGCUGUAUGAGGAUUUAUCAACGUGGCGCUCGGACCUCAAGAAGACCGUUGCCAGUAUUGUGCCCUCCAUGUACGACCUCAUACCUCCAUCUCAUGUCCCACCCCAACAACGUGCUGCCUGGGUUGAAGAAGCUGCCACGGAGUUGCUCAAAGACGCUAUUUUCUUAUGCAACGGUGUAGAUGAAAAUGGGAAAACCGAAAACGCCUCUCAUCCUGUGCUCCGCGAGGCUUCUAUCUCUUUCUUCUAUACAGGGUCUUACCGUGUUGCUCGCAGGAGACCUGAGGUCUUCCAGAAGUCUUUACCGCUAGAGUGCUUGGCACUGGUUAAUUGUGUCCUAGAUGGCUUUGCUAAGAACGGCAGUGGAAAAUCAUUUCCGAAGUUCACCGCAAAGGAAUACUCUUCUUUGUAUACUGCUAUGCUCACUAACCUGGAAUCGAUCAUGCGUGACCCUUACCAUGGACCGAAAUUAGCACGGCAACUUCGUUCCUGGGCUGCAGCUGGAUGGCAAGGAGUUUUUGCUUUCGAAGUAUUGCAUGCUGAUGAAGUUCUCACAGGGCGGAGUCCUACAAAGUCGACGGCAAUGUGA